ACCACGGCCAUUUUCAGAAUAUACCGAAAAACCGACGAGAGGGGACAGGAAAGGCGUCUCGACGCCAAAAAUAAACCGGCGGACGCCUUACACGGGAAACGGCGCUCUCUCUGUGCAAAUCUUUUUCGAAGAUGGUUUUUACGGGUACGGAACUUUUUCUAAGAGCUGCCGAGGACUUUGGUGACAUUGUUUUAUAGAGCCGACUGAAGAUGGUUUCCUAUUCUAUUUUUUUAACUAAAACAGUAUAAUUAAGUGAUAAGUGUGAUUUUAGUGAUAAGUUUUCCUAGAACUAUUUUUCAACAUGUUGGAUGACAUAAGUGAAACAAAGGCAACAAUGCAAGCCGAUGAACUAGAAGCGGUAAUUUGUAAGAAGGUUGAAUUCCCCAGCGAAAUGACUUUUAAAAGUGAGGAUCUUAACCAUUCCAUAAUAAAAGAAGAGCCACAAGUAGAGGAAUUAAGUUCUGAGAUUGACAGCAUCAGAUACAAAGGAAUAAACUUGGAAGACGAUAUAGAAAAAGUUGAAGUUACUAGCCAUGACUCGUCAGAAGAAACUGAGGAUUUUGAAAAUACUCCAUCUCCUAAAGAAGACGAUCAGAAUGUAUUUAGUCAAAUCCCAACGCAGAGUCCUAAUGAAUCAAUUAAAAGUUGGUUGCAAAGGAUAACUGAAGUACAAAGUGAGAUGCAGAAGAAGUACUUUAGUGAAUUAGGAAACAGUGGACCAAUAGCAUCCAAUUCUGCCUUAAAUAGUUCCUCGAGUCUUACGAACUCUUCUACGUCGACAAGCCAGAAUUCCAGCCGAGUUGUAAAAUACCAAGACCUUCCGUACAUGGGCGAAAUGACCUUAGACAACUCAAAGCCGCGUAGAGGUAGAAAACCGAAAAAAGCCGAUAUCUGCCAUCUUAUUUACAAAAAUUACGGCACCAUUUUCCCCGGAACUCCCAAUCCUGGAAAUUAUUUAGAAAAAGAUCCCAAUCUUUUUAAAAAGUCUGCUUUGGUGGAUAGUAAUAAAGAGGAUAGUUUGAACAGAAGCGAUGUUCAAAACAGAAUCAUAUCUAGUUUACUCGAAAAAAGACUGACCCAAGAAUUUAGUAGGACUAAGGAUAUCAAAAAGAGUUCAAAAGAGGAUAAAUCUAAUCAAGAUGAGCCUCUUAACCUUUGCAUAAGGGACCUUAACCAUUUAAAAAUAAGACUGCUUAAGAAAAAUGACAAUACUUACACAUCAGAAAUCAAAUCCGAACCGCAUUCGGACGAUGACGUAGAGCUAAUUCAAGAAUCUCCCAGUCCGAGUUCAUCGGUGAUUGAACCAAGAUUUCCAACUUCUGAUGGGACUCUUCCAAUUGAACCCAUAGUAAAGGCGGUAGAUGGAGUACCUGGUCCUGGAGGGUACGUGUAUUGGUCAAACGCUGGGGUAUUUAUACAUCCCAUUGCUUUACAACAGCAAUUGAUGAUGUAUCAAAGAAUGGCCGCCGGUAAUAAUUAUGUGCUACCGAAUAAUCACAGCCCAAAACCUCCUUCCGAAGCAAAUUCUAGUAGCAGUAAAGAUCAUGGAGUUAAUGAGCUAAGGAAAAUGGUACCAAGAGUCAUUAAACCUAAGCCUAGCUCUCCUAAAGUAAAUCAUGAAGAAGCUGUUUCUCCAAUGCAAGCUCCAGAUACCAAAAAAAGAAACGCUUCACAUCCUGAAAACCAUAAAUCGCCUACCAAAAGAAAACGUUCCGCUAUAUUUAUACCCCCAAUUCCACCAGAAAACAACACUAAUCCAGCUACCGAAGUCAGUAUUUGUAAGUUUAAGUUUACUGGAGGUGCGAAACCUAGCUUACAGGAGAAGAAAAUGUUGUCAGUAGAUUCUGGAGGAAAUUUCAGGUACUACAGUGGUACUGGCGAUAAAUCAAUGAGAGGUUACGAAUUUUUUCCAAGAGAAACACUACAGCAACAAGUAAAUACAACACAUGGAUCAUCUACAGGUGCUUUUUUACAAGCCAGUGGAGAAAAGAUAUACCCAACACCACCACCUGAUUUUCCUGGAGCCAAAACAAGUUCCGAAUUUCUGAUGAGUCCAGAAAUUCCAGCGGCAACUUUUACUACAGCUCAAUCGUCAAGCCAAGACCACAGUCAACGAAUGAAGAAAAGGAAAUCCCGAAAGAGCUUACAAAGGGAGAAAUUGGAGCAAACUUUUAAAGAAAAGGGGUUUUUAAUACAGACUCAGCAAACAGAAAGCGCGGAAGGGGCUACUUAUUGUAAAUUCAGGCAGCUUAGGAAGUUUACAAGGUACUUGUUUAGAUCUUGGAAGGACUAUCUACCUGGCAACAUUGCCGAUGGUGAACAACAGCAGCAACAACAAGCGAAAAGCAGUCUCGGUGACGCCAAUGAACUGUCUAUAGACAAUGCAGACGACAUAUCUGUGCAUUCUAGUGAAUUUUCUAAUGUAUGAAAAUUUCAGCAUUUAAUAGUAUUAUUUUAAGAGCCGUGUGCAUUGGUGCUAUUUUAGAACAGUGAGUGAAGGUAAAAAUCAACUAUUACCUCCGAUUUCUGUGAGCCUCCAUCGAUUUGUAUGAAAAUUGGUGAGUGGUUAGAGGAUACCUCAAGAAAUAUAAGUGAUAUGGUGUCAACUUGCGCUGGCACUCUGGGGGUAAUUGCAACCCCUACUCGUCUUUACAAGCCAAGGAAAAUUUGUUUAUAAAGUUUUUAAAGCGGUUUUUUUAAAAAUAACUUAAAAAACUAGUUCAAACUGAGUUAUAGGUAAUUAAAUGUGUAUUUUUUUUCGGCGAGUAGGUACCCAAAUCUAAGUGUCCAAGAUUUAAUAACGGAAAACGAUGCAUAUAAUAACAUACACUUACAACUUAACACUUGUCAAAGUACUUAUUAAUACCUAUCCAAUGAACUUCAGAAGAAGUCGAUAGCACCAAAAUUUAUGCUCCAAAAUUUUUCAACAUAUGAUUUAAAAUUUUUUCAAAAAGCUUUAUUUUUUAAACAGUUUAAACAAUUUUAAACAAUUUAAACUUUAAAACUCAUAACCUUUUAAAGGCCUCGGUUACAUGGCUCUCGUAGUAAAAUUUAGGUCUUCUAAAUUUCUAUCCCUGAUAUUUUUUAUCCUACAAAAAUAAUAAAACAGGUAACGUAUUUGUUAAAAAUUAACUCAAAUUUGGUUUUAGUAUUUUUUUUUUACUUAUAUCGUGUAGUUUUUGGAGUUAUUAUCAAAAAAAUAUGAAAUUUCCGAGAAUUUGAAAAUUUGCAUUUUUUUAAAUCAUACUUUUUAAAUAUGCAUUCUAAACCGGUCAAAAUAUCUGAGAUAAUUAUUUACGCUAAACUAAGGAAAUGACGUACCUAUGUUUUAUUUUUCAAUUUUUUCUAAAAAAUUCAAAAGUGUCCUCUUAUUGCCAUCAUAACUUUUUUAAUUUUGCUAUCAACUUCUGCUAGAGCUCAUUUGACAGGUAUUCCUGAGUACUUUGGUAAGUGCUUAGUAAGUAUGUAUAUUUUAUAAAAUGCAUCGUUUGCCCGUUAUUUAAACUUGAAUACUUUUAGAUUUGAGUCCUUCAUAAAAAAUUUAUUCACUUACCUAUAACUCACUUUAAAUUAAUAUUAAAAGGUUUUUCAAGUAGGGAAUUUAUUACAAUUUUUAUUAAUAUAUAUUAUUUUUUUUAAAACAGUAGAUUUAGAAAUCUUGCUUUUACCCUGGGUGGGGAUGACUGCUAGUAAAAGCGCAAAUUACUAUGUCACUUUUGUGUCUUAAGGAAUCCUUUACCUACUUACCAAUUUUCAAGAAAAUCAAUGAAAAUUCAACGAAAUCGGAGGUGAAAACCUUCAGUGACUGUACUAUUUCAAUUAAUUUAACCAAAGAUUGAGUGGGUGUCUUAGAAUAUAACUAUGUUGGACUACUGUGUUAACGUUUAAAAUAUAUUUAAAUUAUUUUUGAUUUUUUACCAAAUGAAAAAAUCAACCUAAUCUAGUCGUUACAGUGUUAUACUUAGUACCGUGUACUCUAAAUUUGUUAAUGAAAGUUAUAAUAAAAUUAUUUUUAUUUGAA